ACGCUCACUACUCACUUCCGGCUUGCAAGUCCCAAUAGAUAGCUGCUUCCUGGCUGUUGUACUCAGAAUCUAAUGCCCUGCCUGGCUCCCCCUGGUUUAGUCCCCAGUCUCCCUCGCUUUAUGCUCUGAGUUCGUUUCUUAUCAUUAUCUCUGUGCUUUCCCCAAGUUUCAAUUAACUAUCGCAUCUUCCUUUUUGCAUCUGUUUCGAAUUUCCAGAUCUUUACUCAUCUCUCUUAGGAAACUUCUUUUCAUACCCACUUUCCCUUGAAAUCACCCGCACAAGGUUUACAUUUCCAUCAGUUGUUCCCCCCCAUAACCGAAUAUUUAUUCUCCUUCGCUCAUUAUCUUCCACAGAUCUCUUUAUUGCUAUUCUUUCUUUCUGAUUAUCGUUCCUGAAAAACACUGAUACUGAAGUUGAAACUCGAGAGUAAGAUCUAAUUUUUAAAAAAUGCUUCGGUUCUUGCUCCUAAUCUUCAUUUGGUUUGCCGCCAUUGUAAACUUGUUCCACUCUUCUGUGUUGGCUAAAGUGAUAACCUGCUCGAAUAUAGUGCCCCGUAGGGUUCGACAUGAUAGGAUUUCCAUUACCGACUUUGGUGGUGUCGGUGAUGGACGGACAUUGAAUACUAAGGCAUUUCGAGCGGCCAUAUACCGGAUUCAACACCUCAAGAGGCGAGGUGGCACGCUUCUUUUCAUUCCUCCUGGAGUGUACUUAACUGGAAGCUUCAAUCUCACUAGCCACAUGACUCUUUAUCUAGCCAGUGGUGCUGUUAUCAAAGCCACACAGGAUACAAAGCAUUGGCCAUUGAUCCCACCAUUGCCAUCUUAUGGAAGAGGAAGAGAGCGCCCUGGAGGAAGGUAUAUUAGCUUUAUCCAAGGAGACGGGUUGCAAGAUGUGGUAAUCACCGGGGACAAUGGGACGAUUGAUGGGCAAGGAGAGGUGUGGUGGAACAUGUGGAGGCAGAGGACUCUUCAAUACACCAGGCCAAGCCUUCUUGAAUUUGUGAAUUCCAGAGAUAUCAUCAUUUCGAAUGUGAUUUUUAAGAACUCUCCUUUUUGGAACAUACAUCCGGUUUAUAGCAGUAAUGUUGUCAUUCGUUUUGUCACCAUAUUGGCUCCACAUGACUCACCUAACACCGAUGGAAUUGAUCCAGAUUCAAGUUCGAAUGUGUGCAUAGAGGACUCAUACAUAUCGUGCGGAGAUGAUGCUGUGGCUGUGAAGAGUGGGUGGGAUGAAUAUGGGAUUGCUUAUGGUCGACCUAGCUCCGGUAUCACCAUCCGGCGGGUAACGGGAUCAUCCCCAUUCUCUGGAAUUGCAAUUGGCAGUGAGGCCUCUGGCGGGGUGGAGAAUGUACUUGCUGAACACAUAAAUCUUUUCAACACAGGAGUUGGUAUCCACAUAAAAACUAACAGUGGGAGGGGAGGAACUAUAAGGAAUAUAACCUUCUCUCAUGUGUACAUAGAGGAGGCAAGGACUGGAAUAAAGAUUUCAGGUGAUGUUGGAGAUCACCCUGAUGACAAAUUCAACCCCAAUGCUCUUCCUAUAGUCAAGGAUGUUACAGUUAAUAAUGUUUGGGGUGUGAAGGUUCGGCAGGCAGGCUUGAUACGCGGAAUUAAAAACUCCCCCUUCACCCAGAUUUGUCUCUCUGAUAUCUAUCUUCAUGGUAUCAUGGGACCUAGAUCUCCUCCAUGGCAGUGUUCUGAUGUUCUUGGAGCAUCUCGUCAGGUAAGUCCGUCUCCAUGUUCAGAGCUGGCCACCCAGCAACCUGGAUCAUGUGCUAAUAACUUCUGACUUCACCCGGCAUGUUCUUGAUUAAUUUUACAUCAGACAAUUAAUAUUUGUAAUUGCUCAUUGAACUAUCAUCAGGAAAUGCAAUGAUCCGCUACCUGUUGUGUAUGCAA